AUGGCUACAACUCAGAUGUCAUCUGACAUUCCUAAGCCAUCUUUCGCAAAGGUUGCUGCAUCGGCAUCAAAAGAUUCCCAACCCGUCACUACCGUCAGACCAGUUGCUGCGCCAGCCCAAGCCCGCCCCAGCCAAGCUUCUCCUAACGGUGCUGCCUCUAUAACCGCGUCUGCUACUUCAGACGCAGUUGAUACUCGCCAAUCCGCAAUCAUGAACUCUACGAAGUCUGCGCCGUCUGUCGCUAAGCGCGAGCCCACCAUAUCAAAGAAGCCCGAUGCGACCGGUGCCGUGUUGGAUGGAUUGAAGGAUUUGAGCAUUGGGCAACCGACACCGAGCCUUGUUGUGAACGGAACGGGCCCUUCGUACGCUGAUCGAUCAAAAUCUAUAACCAAGGAUGGAUCGGACGACUCCCAGAGAGCUGACUCCAGCUCGGAGCUCGGUACCAAGCCUCCCAGUCUGGACGGAAAGAGUAUCACGUCGGGAACGACCUUUGCGCUGGACGAGAAGGAAUCCCUGAGGCCGGAUGACAGUGCUAGCGUCAAAGCCGCCGCUGCAGAGGAUGACGAUUCCUUUUCAUUCCGAGGGCCAAAUUUACCAAACUCCAGAAUGGGUUCCGACAUUGCGGCGCGUGCUAGAGGCAUCAUCCAGCUUGGCGACAUGCCCGACCGCCGUCUCGCCCAACCCAUCUCCGGCUCUUUAAGCCAAGGCAUGAUUACACCGCAGAGUGCUUCGUCAGAUCAACCACAGAUGCCUAUCCCUAACGCUCUGUCCGCCAAUCUCCCCGACUCUGCCAAUCUCUUGAAUACCAUUUAUGGACAGGCACCGGAUGAAAAGCUCUUGGAGGCUAUGGCUUCCCCGAAGGAUCGGCUUUUUCUGUUGCGAUUGGAGGCCGAACUGAUCAAAUUUGUUCAAAAUUCCAAAGACCCAUACAUGGACUUUCCACCUUCAAAUUCAUUUUGUAGGAUGCUUACACAUAAGCUGGCCGACUACUACCGCAUGACGCAUCAGUAUGAAGCUCGUGUGGGAUCUGUUCGAAUCUUCAGAACCCCUUACGCCAGAGUACCUGAGUCGCUUGCUAGUAUCGCUGCUCCAGAAACCAAUGCCGAAACGACUCCUCCUCCAGCGGUCCUGCCGCGGAAGAUCAUGCGACGUGGGGAGGAUGGGGAAUUCGGUAGCAACAGCGCUUCUCCAUCCAAGGCCACGUCUGAGACCGGCAGUGACUCUAAGGAUAAGUCUGCUGCGGCAAAUCAGAAAUUGUCGAGAGAGCAGCGUGAAGAAGCGUACAAGCAAGCCCGAGAGAGGAUAUUCGGCAAUUCUGAGAAGACUGGCGAAUCUACGCCUGAUAACGAAAUUGAAAAUGGCGUUUCACGUGCCAGCUCCGUGUCUGCGAGGGAGAAGCCUGCUGUCAGCAAACGGGGUAAGACUGGGAAGCAGAGACGGGAUGAUUCAGACAGUUUCGACUCGAGGCACAACUACACGCCAUACUGGGGCCCGCAGCAACAGACUUGGGUGCCUCAACCUCAGUAUGUUCCUGUGGCAAACCAGUAUGGUGCGCCAGUGCAGCAGCCGUAUCCCAACCAAAUUCCCGCAGCCCCUUACAAUACUACACCUACGCAAACAUUUGCUCCAAUGAUGCCUAACGCGGGCUACAAUGCGGGCUAUCCUAACAUGACGCCGUAUCCGCCUCCGGUAAAUCAGGCCCAGUUCCAAGCGCCUCCGAAUGCAAGGAGCUAUGGUGGUUCUGGCCCUACUCCUCCACAGCAAGGUUGGCAACCACAACCAGGGUUCGGACCCGCGCCGGUGCCGAUGACUCCACCUUCGACGGCUAAUGCCACGGCUUACACCCCUCGAGGCAUGUCAGCGCCGCCCAGUCAAAGCACUGUUCCGUACAUGUAUGGGCAGCUGCCGGCCAACAUCAACCCGAACGACCCAAAGAGCCAGCAUCCCAUCCCCGGCAGCUACAAUCGCCACGCCUUUAACCCCAAGACGCAGUCAUUCGUUCCUGGGGGUGGCAUGUCUCCGAUGCAGCCACCACAGCCGCCUUUCAGUGCUCCUGGAUCUCACCAUGGUAGCCCCCAGAUCGGCUCACCUCAUCUGGCAUACGCCGGCUACCAGCAACAAGGACCACCAGCACCUUACGGCUAUGCCAUGGCGAGGCAAGGAUCGAACAACUCGAUUCCUUCCUACCACCCGCCUCCGCCCCAGCACCCUCAUCACUUGAACCCUAUGCCUCAAGCACCGGUUCAUCAUAUCCCUCAACAUCCUCCGCAACACAUCCCACAAAACCCCUCCCCUCAUAUUCCCAAUAAACCCGCCAUCCCUCAGGGUCCGGCUGGACAGACGUUCAGCCACCUGCCCCACUACGGCAACCCUGCUACUUUGCCGCAAAAGCCAAACAUGGGUAUUUAG